CGGCAGCGCGACAGAAGCUUCCGCCUCCUUCCCCGCCCCUCCGGACCUUCCCGGGGAUCAGAGGGCGGGUGUGGACAGUACCGAGGUGGAACGAAUUUUGGAGCUCAGACGGGUGGCCCGGGUGGCUUCGGGUGUGGGGGGCACGCCCAGCUUGGAGAAGCCGGUGCAGGCGGAUGAAGCCGAAGCUCCUGGGUCUUGGUGGAUCCUGGUCUGAGCAUAGCUAUUCCCAGGGGAGGUGAAAGGUGGAUCAACAUGGACCCCUUCGAUAGCCCAGCCGCCUAGAGCCAGCCGUGCUGCUCUCUUCGGAGCUGAGCUGUCGCCGAGGCGCAAACAGGAGAAGCAGCUGAGCGACUGGAAUUUGUGAAGUUCCGGGGUGGGCGGGGAAGGUACUGUCCGUGGUGCUGAGCCGGAUCCCAGCAACGGGCUCCGGGGAGAGCGCGCGAAGCUGCGGAUCGGCUCCCUCGAAUCGGGGCGGUGCGCCAGUGUAGCUUGGAGCUGAAACCCCUUGGAGCUCGAAAAGCCCGGAAAGCCUCCCCAGUCGCUGGCGCUUGACCCUUAUUUCAGUCAGAAAGUCGCCCCCUUGGGGCAGUUCGUCCCAAAGGGUUUCCUCGAAAGUAUCUGAGAGGGCGAGUUGUUGACCGAGGGAAUCUCUCUGUUUAGCCCCGGAAGCCACCGGCCGGAAAAAAGAUGCCUGCCUUCAACAGAUUGUUUCCCCUGGCUUCCCUCGUGCUCAUCUUCUGGGUCAGCGUCUGCAUCCCUGUGUGUGUGGAAGUACCCUCGGAGACAGAGGCCGUUCAGGGCAACCCCAUGAAGCUGCGCUGCAUUUCCUGCAUGAAGAGGGAGGAGGUGGAGGCCACCACGGUGGUGGAGUGGUUCUACAGGCCCGAGGGCGGUAAAGAUUUCCUUAUCUAUGAGUAUCGGAACGGCCAGCAGGAGGUGGAGAGCCCUUUCCAGGGACGCCUGCAAUGGAAUGGGAGCAAAGACUUGCAGGAUGUGUCCAUCACUGUGCUUAACGUCACUCUGAAUGACUCCGGCCUCUACACCUGCAACGUGUCCCGGGAAUUUGCUUUUGAGGCACAUCGCCCCUUUGUGAAGACUACACGGCUGAUCCCCCUCCGAGUCACCGAGGAGGCUGGAGAGGACUUCACCUCUGUGGUCUCAGAGAUCAUGAUGUACAUCCUCCUGGUCUUCCUCACCUUGUGGCUGCUCAUUGAGAUGAUAUAUUGCUACAGGAAGGUCUCAAAGGCUGAAGAGGCAGCCCAAGAAAAUGCGUCUGACUACCUUGCCAUCCCGUCCGAGAACAAAGAAAGCUCAGCGGUACCAGUGGAGGAAUAGAAGGGUGUGCCCGAGGUGAUGUGCAGGGAAGGACCGGGGAAGGUGCAUCAGGACGGCAGCUUGUACAAGUGACUGUAUCCAUCCACACCCAAGUGACUUUAAAUUUGACCCCUUAGAUUUCUACCCUACCCAGAGUCCCCACCCUCAGGGUACUACCCUAAGUUGAUGAUGCCCAGGUCACAGAGCUUUACGUCAAGCCCUUCAGAAGGUAAAUUGCUUUGGCCUGAAUGUUGGAGCAACUUGAACUUCUUUCCCACCGUGAUAAAAAGUAAUACCCCCACUCCCUCCUUUGCAAGGAUUGUGGAUUUGGUCAGAGUCUUUGGCUGGGCUGGACUGGGCCAGGCUGGAAAUUCUCAGUGAGUUGUUUUAUCAUUGGUAGGUGGUCUGGACACUGAGGGACUGGAUAUUCCAGGUUCAGUGAUGUCAACAGCAUCAGGAGGAUGCCCCAGGGGCCACAUCACUUCCCCUCAUGCAUCCAUCCUUCUACUCAUUCAUGAUACGGCUGCUCACGUCUGAACUUUCACCUCUGACUUCCUAACUCCAUCAGACCUCUGCACACCCUAAGAUGUUGCCAGAACUGAGGAGCCAACAUUUCUACACGGACUCAACCUCACCCUGUCCUAGCUUUCAAGCAAGGAGCUCCCAUGCCAACUGGACUUCUUCCCUGGGCUCCAAAUGACUCUGUACAAACGCGGGAGAUGGCACAUCGCUCUGUCCCUAACUGGCUGGACUGGCUGCAUUCAUUGCUGCAAGUGAAUGGAUGUCUUCAUGGAAGGAAGCGGGAAUGGCUAAUGCGGGUUAAAGCAAGAGUGUCAUGAAGUGGGAUUCCUCGAAGUCAAUUUUUUCAAGUUCCUGGCCCACUUGACGAGAGCAUCAGAGCAAAGCAUGCCUUUCUAGACUCUUCAGUGAUAGAAAGCUUACGAAGCAUGGACCAAAAUAUUCCCGGAACUUGGUACUCUAGGGCUCGAUCCGGAUAGGUCUCGAAGGCCUAAGUUGGGCUCAGUCCUUCAAGAAGCCAAAGACAGAAGUGGCUCUUAAAAGUCAUACAACAUGUUCAUAACCCUAUUAGGGUAAAGAGUGUGUGCCCGCCAAGGGGAGCGCCCACCUGAGAUAGCUGGGAAGCAUUAUUUCCCUGUGGGCACUGGAACAGAAAUUCCUAAAUUCUUCCUCUCAAAAUUCCUGUAGAUCAGUAUUAUUCCUCAUUUUACAGGAGGCAACUGGGACUCAGACUGGGCUCAAUUGAGUAAGAGACUUCAGAGACUAAACUGGAACAUGGUAAGCCUUAGGUGCUGCCCAGUUGAGACUUUCGGAGAUGGGAUGAUUUUGUUUUUAAAAAGACCUUGAAACUGAGCUUGGCCAUGGCCAUGCCUUGUUCACAAGAACAGGGGGUGGACUGCCUGGCUGAAGUUAACUCUGAUAGAGUCAGGUAACGAAACUGGCUGAAAGGCCUGGAGUAGGACACGGGGUAGACUGGAAUAAUUUCCUCAGUGAAGAUGAAAACUCCUCCAGAAGGAGGUUGCAUCUGGGAAGAAUAUUUAAACUAAGAAAUGUGCUUUGUAGUCUCAGAUGGAUGACCGUGAAUGAGUGAAGUGAUGGGCAGGGCUGGGUGGCUUCCAGAUAUUUCACCCGUGAAUCCAUGAUGUCUUGCUGUUGGGUUUUUUAUGGAUUUUGGGAGAGCAGAGGAACACUGAAAAAAUUUUAGUCAGUAUCUCAUUUCAUUUCAAUUGAGUGACUGGUCCAAGUGUGAUGUCCUUCAGCACCUAGUGAGGAGGAAGGGAAGGCUGCUUUAUGGGCUAUGAAAGCAUGUUGGUGGCAGGGCUCAGGCAGUGAGAGGUCCCUCAGAUCUGGGGGAAUUUAUGAGAGAAAGAGCACGCUCCACUGGCUCUGGGCCUCACCCAACAAGCUUGUUUUUUUUUUUCAACUCUUCCAUCCUUGGGGGAUCUACUUGAAACAAAUCCUUGUUCACAUCUUCAAGAGCCCAAUUUUACCGAAGAAAAUACUUUCAGUAAACUCAAGGCCUUUUUCAUCAGUAAUUUCCCAUACAAUUCCUCUGAAAUAGGGGACAGAAUAUAAAUCAGUUUUCGUCCUUUGUAAUUAGGAAGAUAGAUAGGCACAGAUUUCUGUGAGGUCUUCCCAGUCCCAUGGC